AUGAGUCAUUUGUCGACAAAUAAUGUUGAUAUUCAAUUUUUGAAACAAGCUUAUACUGAGGCUUUCAAUAAUGGAGAUUACCAGUUGGCUCUUGACAUAACCAAGAUGAUGAUGGAAGCGAUAGAUAAUCCCUAUAUAAGUACAUUAGUCCGAGAUCAAUAUUUAUGUGAUACUUACUUGGAUAUAUCGGCUGCUUACCGAGAAAAGUACCAGUUGACUCCAGCAAUAGAGUAUGCUGAUCAAUGUGAGAAAUUAGCUAAAAAACUAAAAGAUCAGCUUCGAAUUGCUUGCUCUUUACAUAAUCGUGGUGAAAUUAAAACAAAAAAAGAAUCAUUUGAAGAAGCCUUAGUGGAUUAUAAAUUAUCCUUGGAAUUGAAAUUAAAAUUGCUCGGAGAUAAUAAUUUAAUUUUAACAGAUACCUAUGAUAGUAUAGGUUACAUAUACAAUUGCCAAUGGAACCACGAGGAAGCGCUAGCAAUGUACCAGAAAUCGCUUAAUCUACGCCAAAAUAAGCUAGGAAAAAAUAAUUUAUUCGUGGCUAUUUCUUACGGUAAUAUUGGAACAAUUUACUUUAAACAGACCAGAUAUAAAGAGGCUCUAUCGAUGUUUACCCAAUCGAUCAAUAUUAAACUUGACUUCCUAGGAGGUGACCAUUUGCAAGUAGCUACUUCGUAUCAUCAUAUUGGAUUAGUAUACUUUUAUCAAUCUCUAUAUGAUGACGCCUUACUGAUGUGUCAGAAAUCGCUCCAUAUUCGUCUACAUACUUUAGCAGAAAAAAAUCAUCUUGUCGCUCAGUUGUACAAUACGAUUGGAAUGAUUUAUAAUCGCCAGUGUAAAUUGGACGAUGCUCUAUCCAUGCAUCAGAAAUCUUUAGACAUUUAUAGCGAUAUCUUAGGAGAUCAAUCAUACGAAUUGGCCGCUACUUUUAAUAAUGUUGGGACUAUAUAUGACCUACAAACCAAAUAUACUGAUGCUCUCGAGAUGUACUAUGAAUCUCUGGAAAUGAACACACAAUUACUAGGCCGUAAUAAUUUAACUGUAACGACUGCCUAUACUAAUAAGGGAAUAAUCUAUGCUAAGCAAUCGAAGUAUGCAGAUGCUGUUACGAUGUUUCAAAAGUCUUUGGCUAUUCAACAGAACCUGCUUGGAGAAAAGAAUCUAUUCGUUGCUGAGUCAUUUAGCAACAUUGCAUUAGUUUAUUAUAAUCAAUCCAAGUAUAAAGACGCUUUAUCCAAUUAUCAAAAAUCGUUAAAUAUUCAAAAAAGCAUUUUAGAAGAAGAUAGCCUGGAUAUCGCUAGAUCAUAUAACAAUAUUGGACUAAUUUAUUUCCAUCAACAUAAGCAUGAGGAUGCACUCGAAAUGUAUCAAAAAUCUUUGGAUAUCAAAAUAAACUUAUUGGGUGAAAAUAACACUGAAGUUGCAACCUUAUGGAAUAAUUUUGGACUAGUAUACAGACAUCAAUUUAAAUAUGAGCAAGCGUUAGUGAUGUAUCACAAAUCUUUAAAAAUUCAACGGCAACUAUUAGGAGAUGACAAUUUAUACAUAGCUCGAUUAUUCAAUAACAUCGGAUUAAUUUAUUAUGAUCAAUAUAAGUAUGAUGAUGCUCUAUCAAUGUAUCAAAAAUCUCUAGCAAUUAACCUUAACAUGUUGGGCGAUAACAAUUUAGAAGUUGCUCGAUCAUAUAACAACAUUGGAAGUGUUUAUCGGCGCCAAUCCAAAUUCGUAGAGGCUCUAUCUAUGUAUCUUAAAUCUUUAAAAAUGAAAAUAGAUAUUGCUGGUGUAAAUCAUGUAUCAAUACCACGCUUGUGUGACAAUAUUGCAAUUAUAUAUCGUGGGCAGAAGAAAUAUACGCUUGCUGGAAAGAUUAAUAAACUAGCUGCCAAGAUUCGCAACAGACUUCGUCAAGGCGAUGCAGUAAACCUAACGAUUUCUAACAAUUUCAUGAAAGUGUUUUCUGAAUUAAACCAAUCAAUCUUACAAUCAAGUGAUUCGAACGCAUCUAUUGCUAGCAUUUUUACAAAUGAAUCAAAAAAAGACCAAGUUGAUUACAUAUGGUUAAUUUCAUUUUCUCGAAAGAGGUUUUUACAGUAUUCUAAUGCAGAAAAAGAUUCUGGAGACGCAUUGAAAUCAAUGUCAGUGCAUUUUACAAGAACCGUCAGAAGUAUUCGUAGGAGCAGAAUAACGGAGGCAGAUCCAGCUCGAAAAAAAACUAUUUAA